UCGCUUAAUCAUAAUUUUGAACUACUUAAAAAUUUUGUGAAAUAUACGCGUACACAAAGAACUACGACAAAAGAAUUUCGUUGAACCACCAAAAUGAGCUGUUCUUAUCUAAGUUAACAUAUCAGCAGUGAAAUUCGCUCCGAAAAAUAUAUACAAAAAAUUUUUUAUUCAGUAUUUUAUAAGUCACUUACGAUAUCGAAGGUUUAUUUUUGUCGUUCUAACGGAAUAAAAAAAACAUUUCGCGGAAAUCAUUAAGUUGAUAUUGUAUUUUGUUUUUGAUUUUGAUUUUGUUUCAUAAGCUCAUAAGCUCAUAAACCAUUUGAAAUGUUCUGGAGAACAGCGAAAGAUAAACCCAAGGAAUCUACUUCUAAUGAAAUUGUACGUCAAGAUCCACGUACAUCUGUCAAAACUACAACCGCACAAACUGAAACAACAAAUACUACAGUCCAGAAUGCUACUAUUUUUAAUAAUAACACAAGAACAGUUACAUAUCAAACAACACGUCAAACUGUCACUCGUCAACAGCAGGCAACGGUUACAGAAAUUCUAACACGUCGUACUCCUACCUCGGAAGAGUUAGAACAAAUGUUGCAACAGAUGGGUAGAUCCGAAAUAAAUUCACGUCGCCGUUCUGGAAAUUUCCAAACUAAACCAACAGGCAAUAGUGCAUCAAACAAUGGUAAUGGCAUUUCUUCGAAAAGUAUGCCGAAAUUUAAAACCACAACUAGUCCAGGAACGCGUUCCCCAUUUAAUUAUGACUCACAUACAGCUUUCGGCGUAAAUAGUAGUAGCAGCAGUACUGGCGCCGGCAUGCGCUAUAGAACUACACCAACAACACCGACUUUAGUGAAAACUGAAGAAACAACAGUGACCACUAAAAAUGGACGCACUGUAACCACUUCUGUUGAAAAACAGCGUAUAAAAUUAGAUAAUAUUAAAUUAUCCUCACCAAAUUCGCCACUAACUGUACCAGCUAUACUACCAAAAAGUAGUAAUUACACUUUUAACAAUAGUAAAGCUAGUGUAAAUAGUUCACUAAAUAACAGUAUUACGCGACCUGCUGGUAGUUUAUACACUACUUCAAGUCUGAGUUCAAAUAGUUUGACACCAGUAUUGAUUAAAAGCGAUGCCAGGCCAACAAAUACAACAAUUAAACCAACAAAUAUAAAUAAUAAAGUGACUAUAAAUUCUUCAGUAUAUUCAACUCCCAGCACAUAUGUUUCACCUUAUACAAAUCGUAUCACUGCAACAGCUCCUCCAACAACACGUAUUACAACAACAGUUAAACCCACACUUACGAGCACAAUGGGGGCUACAAAAUUAGCUACAAAUAGUAACUACAACCCAGUCAGUGUCUUUGGAAAUGAAUUCAAAAGCAGUUCUGCAGCACCCACAACAAAAUCUUCUUAUACACCUGGUUAUAAGUCAACUACUAGUACUUAUAGUACACCAAGCUCAACACCAUUUACUAUACCAAAUAUUUCGCCCAAUACUAGCAAUACCUCACUGGCGUCGACAAAGAAGAAAUCUAAACUUAAACCAGGUUAUGCAUAUAUAUUUAAUAAUGACACUUUCGAUAAUCCAGAAAAUGAGUUUCGUGAUGGUAGUUCCAAUGAUGUAAAAUCCCUAAAGGAAGUGUUCGAGAUGUUCAAGUUAAAUGUGAAUGUUAUCAAAAAUGCCACACUUGAUAAGAUCGACAGUACCGUGAAUAAUAUUGAGAGAAAGAAAUUUGCUGAUUACUCAUGCCUUAUUAUAGUAAUACUUAGUCAUGGUUCAAGGCAUGAGGGAAUUGCUGCCAAAAAUGGUACCUAUUCAAUCGAUGAUAAAAUACUUUUUCCCAUACUCCGCAAUCGUACAUUGGCAGACAAACCAAAAAUUUUUUUCAUACAGGCAUGUAAAGGUGCUAUGGAAAUUGGGGGUUUUAAAACCGAUUCGGUACAACCUAAUGGCACUCCAAGUGAAAUACUUAAAUGCUACAGUACAUUUGAAGGUUAUGUCUCAUAUCGCUUAAAAGAUGGUUCAUUUUUCAUACAAACGCUUUGUGAAAGUCUGAAAAUGCAUGGCCAAUCUAAAGACAUCAAAUAUAUAAUGGAUGAAGUCUUACGUUUAGUUAAAGAACGCACGAAUAACAUGCAAAUUCCAUCGCUAACUACCACUCUUACGAUACCAUUUGUUUUCGGAGACUAUUGUUAAGGCAUCUAGGCUUCAAGUAGUAUUCUUCGUAAUAUAAUUCAUUAUAAUUAAGUUAAAAAUAACUUAUUCGAUAUAAUAAAAAAGUAAGUUAAGAUCUAUAUUGUAAUAUUAUGAACAGUCAUAUUUAUAGCUUUAUC